CCCCUUCCUCCCGGGGCUUGCUAUUCACCAAACUUGAGCCCAUUCCCUUUCUCUCUGCCUCUCCGAGGAAAACUUUAAUACUGCUUAUAUUUCAAGAAUCCAUAUCCAACCCUGCCCUGGUUCCGACUUACACCAAUACACCAAAACCAUGAAGUCUUCCCUUCUCCUCCUCCCCCUCGUGACCCUGGCCUCGGCCAUCUGCCACCACCGCACAUCGCUCUACCGCCGGAGCCACGGCGGCAUCGCGGUCCGCGGCGAGGACGGCCUGGUCGAGGUCGCAAAGUUUGGCUACGAUGACCUCACGGGUCCCCUCAACUGGCACGGCCACAACAACCAGUCUUCCAAAUGCGCCACGGGUGCGUGGCAGAGCCCCAUCAACCUCAAUGACACCUCGGCGACGCUCGUCCCCGGCACGAGCUUGAAUUUCGACGUGCCUGACUUGCCUCACGGCGCUGCGUUUGAGAAUUUGGGCAGCACGCUCGAGGUCGUGGCUGAGAACGGCACGCUGAUGAGGCGUGGGCGCAAAUUUCACCUAAGGCAGUUCCAUUUCCACACGCCUAGUGAACAUAGGGUUGAUAGCGAGUACUUCCCCAUGGAGGUACAUUUUGUCUUUGAGGCCGAUGAGCAGCAGUUGAAGAACUCCACAGGCCCCAGCAACUCCGUCGUGGGGUUCCUCAUUGAAGUCGACAACCGCGCUCCCUCGCCCUUGCUCGCCAACGUCUUUGCCUACCUCGACGAGGUCGAGGAGCCGGGCUCGCACGCCGAGACGAACAGCCUCAACUUUGGCGAGCUGAAGCGCCACCUGGAGCGAUCGGACGUCUACCAGUACGACGGGUCCCUCACGACGCCGCCGUGCACCGAGGGCAUCGCGUGGAACGUCGUGGCGGAGCCGUUGAGGGUCGACGACGUCACGUACCGCGCCGCCAAGAAGGUGAUGAAGUUCAACUCGCGGUAUACGCAAAACGUGCCCGGCCAGAGGAACUUGUUGGAGAACUCGAGGGUUAUGCUCAAUGCCGUGUCACCGUGAGGAAAUCAAGGCGGGGGACAGGCAGGAUGAACCGAUUCUGGCUAGAUACGCUAGAGCCUUGGGGCAACGGAGACGGAAUUUUGGCUCAAUUGGCGUUUACGAGGGGUGUUUUUACGUAUGGAUUUGCAUAUUGAGUAAAGAUGUGGGAAACAACAUUGGAGGGAGGCUGGUGAGCAUACAUAUUGUGCAUAUGAGCGGUCAUACAGAUACGGAAAAAAACGGCUUGUUGCAAUGGAAGCGUAUGUAGAUGUGUACGGAUACAGCGUACGCGUACAGAUAUCACAAAAUACAAUCAAAGCAUGACAG